AUGCGAACAUGCACAAGCGUUUCGCCGAUAGAUAAUGGCUUUGGCUGUAACGGUAAUGGUACAGAAACAGUUCAGUGUCAAAAUAGAGAGUGCUCUGCGGAUCUGCAGAAACUGGUGACAACUCUAAGCCAAAAAAUUGAUAAGAUUGAACACGCACAGGGACAGAUGCAGGCAGAAGUUCCCCAUAAUACGAACAGAUUAAAUGAAACAAACGUGUCGGUUGGAUUUGCAGUAUCAUACCCAGAUACGUCCUCCGGUUCUCGCCUUAAGUUCAGUAACGUAAUAUACAAUUCAGGCGACGACUAUAAUGUGUCCUCAGGUGUGUUCACUUGUAGACAUCCAGGACUCUACUUCUUCACAGCAACUCUUAUCAGAAAACCGAGUGUUCGUGUAAGCGGAUGUGGUUUUUUUGUCAACGGCAUUGGCAAGUUAACAGUGUACAUUGGUGGUACUGGUGUCAAUGAUGGAUAUCAGUCAGGAUCAGGAUCAAUUGUUUAUCAUUUAAAAGCAGGAGAUAUUGUUAAUCUAUCAAAUUGCCGUGGAAUAGACCACAUGUUCUUUCUUUCUUCUUUCACUGGAUUUCGUGUUUCAUAUUAA